AUGCCACCGAUCGCACACCUCCAUCACCUCUCUUGCCCUCCCCGUGGACAUCAGUAUCAGUGCGUCCCUCAUUCACUCGUUUCAACACCACAUCGUCGCGCACUGCCACUUCUUCACUCGCAUCGUGACAAAACAACACCACACGCCCUCCUCUCUUCACCUCACGACAUGAGGGGACGGGUCACCUCUGUUCGUUUGGGUGUCUGGUCGUCAACACCACUGCCUGAGGUGGCAAGUGCUGCCACCGAUAACGGUGAUGCUUAUGGUGGUGAUGAUGACGGCGGCGACGACAACGACGCCAACACCGUCGGUGGCUAA